CAAGGACGUGCAAGUCUUUUAACAAUGGAUUAAAACGGGGACCUCCACCAGCCUGCCAUGGAGGGUUCAGCUGUAAAAAAAAAACCUGGAUAUGGACAACCCAAAAAAGCAGACUGCAGCAGUGCUGAAGGUGUUCAACCCAGAAAACUCAAUGGUUCCUCAGCAGAGACACCGAGUUACCAGAACCUGCACCGGGAGCUGCUGCUCAGCCACAAACGUGGCCUCCUGCUGGAGGAGAAACCAGAGCUGAAGCGAGUGCUAGAGCAACGCAGACUGGAGUUGCACAAGGAGGAGGAGAUGGCACAACGGCGGCCCUCGGAUCUGGAGACGGAGCUCCGCAAGAGGCAGCAGAAACUGCAGGAGUAUGAGCAGGAAGAGAUAAGACAGCGAGAGAACCAGCAGAAGAUCCCAGAGUUUGUCCGUGUCAGGGACAACCUGAGGCGCACUCAGACAUUUGAUCAAUCCUGAAAGUAUCCCACCAGCCAGUGCAGCCUCUCACCAUAGUGGCCCUACCGCUUCAUGCUCAGUGCCUGAGCAUCCCACAGGUGCCAGGAUACUUCUCCUUUCCUGAAGCAUUUCAACAUACAUUUUGAAGCAUAGAUUAUACAAGCAUACUAAAACCUUGUCCAUAUUUAUAAAUCCCGUCUUAAAACUCAUUUACUGUUCUGUUUCUGCUGAGAAAGGGAAGUGCUCGUCAUUUAUUAAAUUAUUUUUUUAUUAAGAAUUACAUGCAAAUUAAUAUUGGUUUAAAGAAUGUUCUGAGACUGAUUUUUAAUAUUAUUUUCUUUUCAGUGUUGAUUGUACUUUUAAUUUAAUCUGUUAGGCAUGAUUUUUCUGUUUGUUCUUGGAUUAAGUAGCAUAAGACUGGUUUCAUAGACUGAUUCUUCACCACAAUGUGAUUUCUAACAGGAAAGUUUUAACAAAACUAUUUUGUAUCAAUAAGAAUCUCCCCAAUAUUACAAUUUUCA